GAGGGGAGAAAAAAAGAAAAUCGUCACCCUGUUGAGUUGACUUCCACACGCUUGCCUUUCUCUUUUCAUUUGUGAACGUAGCCAAGUGCGGUCGCACACUGCAAAAUGACCUCCAAGGUUUCCAAGGACAUCCUGUACGAGUGCGUCAAUGAGGUGCUCAAGGGCUCGAAGAAGAAGCACCGCCGCUUCCUCGAGACGGUGGAGCUGCAGAUUGGCCUGAAGAACUACGAUCCCCAAAAGGACAAGCGUUUCUCCGGCACUGUAAAGCUAAAGUACAUUCCCCGCCCGAAGAUGCAGGUUUGCGUCCUGGGAGAUCAGCAGCACUGCGAUGAGGCCAAGGCCAACGAAAUCCCGUACAUGGAUGCCGAAGCGCUGAAGAAGCUCAACAAGAACAAGAAGCUGGUCAAGAAGCUAGCGAAGAAGUACGACGCCUUCCUGGCCUCCGAAUCGCUGAUCAAGCAGAUCCCACGUCUGCUCGGUCCCGGUCUGAACAAGGCCGGUAAGUUCCCGGGUCUGCUCGCCCACAGCGAAUCGAUGACGCAGAAGAUCGACGAGGUCAAGGCCACCAUCAAGUUCCAGAUGAAGAAGGUGCUGUGUCUGUCCGUCGCCGUCGGCCACGUCAAGAUGAGCCCCGAUGAGCUGGCCCAGAACGUGCAUCUGUCCGUCAACUUCCUGGUUUCGCUGCUCAAGAAGCACUGGCAGAACGUCCGCUCGCUGCACAUCAAGUCCUCGAUGGGAGCCGCCCAGCGUCUGUACUAAGGCUAAUGUUUGUAUUACGCUACAAAUUUGAAUGAUUUACUCGUAAGGGCUGCCUUUGCUGGUCGCAAUAAAUCGCUUUGCCUAAAGUGAAGGUAACUGAAA